AUGGAAUCCAAAAUUGAAACCGUCCCAAAAUCAAAAUUUUCUGGCGAAGCUAGCUGCGAAGAGGAACUGCUGAGGGUCAGUAGUAUACUGACCACCAAAACGAAACCCGAGGUCUCUUCCGACGAGGCCCUAUCCAAUUCCGAGGAGGAGGAGCCGAUCGAAGAUGAAAAGGACGAGAAAGAGCUCAAGGCUGUCGCUUGCUCCGCCGACUCCGAGGAUAAGACUAUUGGGGGCCAGAAUGAAUCAAAGUACGAGUCCGUUUUGGAGUCCUCCGACUCUGACUCCGACAACGGCCUCGAAGACGAGGAAGAGGACGGCGACGAAGACGAGGAUGAUGAUGACGAUAAGGACGAUGAGGAUGAAGAUGACGACGACGAUGUCCAGGAGAUCGUACAGUCCUCUGGUGGCCCUCCGGUUCAGUCAAUAGACGAUGAGGACGACGAAGAAGAUGAGGAAGACGCUGAAAGAGGCGAGGGAGAUGACGAUGACGGCGAGGGCAAGGAUGACGAUGGAGUUAAUGAAAGCAAUGCUGAAGUGAGCAAACGCGAGAAGGCCAGGCUAGUAUACUAUUGGGGGCCAGUUAGUUUGCACCAUUCAACAGCAAAACCUCUCAAAUCUUUCUCCAGCCAUCGAUGUCAACCCCUGAAAGAUUAUGUUCGGGCUGUUCAAUCUAUUAAGGCCACCAUAGCUGAGAGAGCAAAUGCCUUCAGGCGACAGUGUUGCUAUCUGAAACUGCUGUUAGGCUGGUGUAUUUGUGAGAGGGAAUCUAGAAGACAAUUAUCUCAGUUCUUGAUAGUGCUCAUGGCCUCUGUAAGUGUGGCUCCUUCAUCUGGAUUACGAGACGGCAGUGGAAAUACGGUUGCCCAGUGA